AUGUUUGUUCCCUUCGCGCGCGCACUCAUCGUCGCGCGUCCACGGCUCGCGCGAUGCCUGCAGACAAGUGCGGCGGUGACUGGAGGAUCGGUGAACCCUGAAGAAAUCGCAUUCUUUUCAAAGCUUUCUUCGCAAUGGUGGGACGAGACGGGCGAGUUCGGCUUCCUGCACCGGAUGAACCCCCUACGCGUGCAGUUCAUACGCGACAAGCUGCAUGAAGUCGCGCUAGACGAGAGGCCGGACGACUUCCGAGCACCUGGAAAGAACACGGUCUCACCAGCUGACGUCCUGCGCGACUUGAACGUCCUGGACGUAGGAUGUGGUGGCGGAUUGUUGUCUGAGAGUUUAGCGCGCCUGGGCGCGAAUACCCUCGCUAUAGACGCAUCCCAAUCCAACAUCCAAAUUGCCUCCCUCCACGCCUCCUCCGAUCCCUCCCUCAGCCCAAACCUCGAAUACCGUCACAGCGCCGCGGAGGCCCUGGUCGAAGAGGGCAAGCAAUUCGACGUGGUAUGUUCCAUGGAGGUCCUCGAGCACGUCGACCACCCCGCCGCCUUCCUCGACACCUGCAGCCGUCUACUCAAGCCGAACGGCCAUCUUUUCCUCUCUACGAUGGCGCGCACACCCCUCGCGUACUUCCUCACCAUCUUCAUGGCGGAGAACGUGCUCGCAAGAGUCUCUCCCGGCACGCAUACGUACUCGAAGUACAUCAACCCCAGCGAGCUGAUGGACCACUUCAAGGAGGUGCGCUACGUUAAAGCAACCUACCAGAGAGGCUGGAUUGGCAGUCAGCUACCGAUGCGCAUGCAAGCAGAGGUGCGAGGGAUGAUAUACAACCCCUUGAGCGGUCGCUGGUCCCUUGCCCCGCGCGACGCUUGGGGCGCGGACAACUGCAACUACGUAUUCUGGGUGCGCAAGCCCGCUGUAGAGAGCAAGUGA